AUGUCUCAGUUGACGGAAAGGCAAAAAGAUGAGCUUCACAAAUCCAUCCUCGACUACCUACACUCGGCUGGACUGACCCACUCGUACGAGGCCUUACUCGAAGAGACUGGAUGCGCCUUUACACCGGAUCCCAAAGCGCGACAUGCAGGACUGCUAGAGAAGAAGUGGACGAGUGUUAUUCGUUUGCAGAAGAAGAUAAUGGAUUUGGAGAAUAGAAACGCAGCUUUGACGGAGGAGAUAUCAGCAGCACCCCGUCGGGGAGGAGCAUCGCAGGCAGACUGGGUCCCACGGGCCCCGGCGGCGUACACACUUACAGGUCAUCGCGCCCAGGUCCUGAUUACGCUAACCUUUCAUUCUUAUAUGACCAUAAUCGAACCCAAUUCACCCACUGAUCGACACGUCACCAGAGUUGCUUUCCAUCCAUUGUAUUCGUUACUGGCCUCGGCUUCCGAAGAUGCAACCAUCAAACUCUGGGAUUGGGAGACAGGCGACCUGGAGCGAACGUUAAAAGGACACGUUCGAUCUGUACAUGAUCUUGAAUUUGAUUCUAAAGGCCGAUGGUUGGUGUCAUGUGGGUCAGACAUGUCUAUUAGGUUGUGGGACGGAGAGAAAGAAUGGGUCCAGGCUCGUACAUUCGUCGAUCAUGAUCAUAGCGUCCACGCGGUACGCUUCCUGCCCGGGGAUACCACAUUUGUGAGCGCCAGUAGAGACCGAACAGUCAAGAUGUGGAGCGUGGAAAGCGGUCACUGCAUCAAAACCAUCCAAGCCCAUGAUGAUUGGAUACGAAGCGUUACUCCUUCCGAAGAUGGCAAAUUACUUGCCACUUGUUCAAACGACCAUACGGCGCGCGUAUGGGAUACCUCUACCGCGGAGAACAAGAUGGAAAUGCGUGGACAUGAGAACGUGGUCGAAGCUGUAGUAUUUGCGCCCGUCGUGGCAUAUGCUGCUAUUCAAGAACUUGCAUCCAUCGAGGGAGGUGAUAAGAACAAGCUCCCAGGGCAGUACGUGGCCACCUGUUCUCGAGAUCGUACAAUCAAGAUUUGGAGCUGCGCAACCGGCCAAUGUCUGAAAACUCUCGCAGGACACGAUAACUGGGUCCGAGCACUUGUUUUCCACCCCAACGGGCAGCUUCUUCUCUCUGCGUGCGACGACAAGACUAUCCGGAUAUGGGAUCUCAAGACCGGACGGUGCACCAAGACGAUUGAAGCACAUGAUCAUUUCGUUACGUCUCUUGCAUGGGGCCGAGCGGAUGCCGGAGAGGGACGCAGGGUGAACGUGUGUGCGAGCGGCAGCGUCGAUCAGAGGGUUAAGAUUUGGUUACCUUAG